CAACGCACCCACCCGCCAGUCUGCCAAGUGGAUAACAAAGCUUCUGUAUAUAGAUACUGCACCCUUAAAUGCUUCUUCCAGCUGACAUCACGGAUACACAUUUUACAGUUAUUUUUUUAUGCAUGGUACUAAAACAAAAAUCGGCUCCGAUGCAGAAAGGUGUACUAUUCGUUUAAAGCGCAAUGCAAUGAAAACAGAUAUACACUCUUCUCUCUGCCAACAAAAUCUGCCCGUCAAUUCGUGUGACGUAGCGAUCCCAAGCUCGGGCUGAAGGAGGGACGCAAAACUCCGAAUCCAAACUAAGCGCACACAACACAUUCACUGCGGGAGCAAACCAGUCCCCUCUGAGAGGAACCUCACAGAUCGCAUCCAGGGCUCAGUUUAAGGAAAACUGGACAUCCCGCGGGUGAACAUACAAUACCGGAGUGCUUCAUUUGCAGUUAUUUAUUUUUAAAUUAUUAUAAUAAUUAUAAAAAUUAAUAACAGUGUUAUUUGAUUUAGCACAACAUGGCAAACCCUGGGUGCAACGAAAGGAAAGAAAUGAAAGAAUGUUUGCGUUCUCUUAAUCAGUGAGUAUCUCGCUGUUAUUAUACAUGUUCUCUUCAGAGACACUUUCAACUGCUGCAUGAAUGUUCAGCUCUUUACCCGGGAAGAGUACUGCUGAGGCACCCCAGACACCAUGUUUACAGCGAACCACUUUACAGAAUGUGUGCUAUGAUUGCCUUUAUGCAUCGUUUGGACUAGAAAGACGAUCCAUGGAGAGCACGGCGCAUUUGUGAGCUUUAUACAUAUAUAUAUAUAUAUAUAUCGUUUUUUUGUUGCUGCAUGCACUUGUUUUCUGCCGUGCUUGGUGCUUGGAGUUUGGCUGAAAUUCUACUUUUGAAAAGGUCUGAACGCGUUGAUGUUGGGGCUCUGAGCAACAUUGUUUUAAACAUGCUGAACUGCGUUUUGUUGCUCAGUAUUUUAACGGUGACUGGUCUAUCAUCCAAGACGGAAAGCCGUAAAACUCUCAAAGACAUUUGUAAGAAUCGCUGUGCAUGUGAGGAAAAAGAGAAUAUUCUGAAUAUUAAUUGUGAAAACAAAGGAUUUACAUCAGUAACCCAGUUUCAGCCUAUACAAAACAGAAUAUGUCAACUCUUUCUCAAUGGAAACUUCCUAUCCAGACUGUAUCCAAACGAGUUUGUGAAUUACUCAAAUGCUACAACCCUGCAUCUGGGUAACAACGGGUUGCAAGAGAUAAAAACGGGGGCAUUUACAGGACUAAAGAUUUUGAAACGACUGCAUCUUAACAAUAAUAACUUGGAUAUUAUUAAAGAGGAUACUUUUUCUGGUUUGGAAAGUUUGGAGUAUUUACAGGCAGAUUACAAUUACAUCAGCUCCAUCGAAGCAGGGGCAUUCAGCAAACUGAAUAAACUGAAAGUGUUGAUUCUUAAUGACAAUCUAUUGCCUUCUCUUCCCAACAACGUGUUCCGCUUUGUUCUGUUGACGCAUUUGGAUCUUAGAGGGAACAGGCUGAAAUUCCUGCCGUUUGCUGGGGUCCUGGAACACAUAGGCGGCAUCAUGGAAAUCCAGCUGGAAGAGAACCCCUGGAAUUGCACGUGUGACCUGCUCCCACUGAAAGCCUGGCUGGAUACCAUCUCCGUGUUUGUCGGGGACAUUGUCUGUGAAACACCGUUCAGGCUUCACGGGAAGGAUGUUACCCAGCUCAUAAGGCAAGACCUUUGCCCCAGGAAAAGUGCAAGCGACUCAAGCCAUUUCCAGGGUCUGUCACCAACCCUGCGUGUCGGGCUCAACCCAACAAGGUCCCCCAAAGCCACCCGCCCCCCUAAAACAAGAAACCGUCCCACGCCUCGGGUAACGGCACCAAGCAGGGACAAGCAGAUAUUUGGACCCAUAAUGGUUUACCAGACCCGCUCACCGGUGCCAGUUACGUGUCCAAACGUUUGCAUCUGCACAUCUCAGAACCCAGACAGCGGAUUGAACAUUAACUGCCAGGAAAGGAAACUUUACAACAUUUCAGACCUGCACCCCAAACCCUCAUAUCCAAAGAAACUUUAUCUGACAGGAAACUUUUUGCACACAGUGUACAGAACUGAUCUGCUUGAGUACAGCUCUUUGGAGCUACUGCACUUAGGAAACAAUAGGAUAGCUAUUGUUCAGGACGGGGCCUUUGAAAACUUAAGCAAUUUACGCAGGCUUUAUCUCAAUGGCAACUACAUUGAAAGCCUGUCCCCCUCCAUAUUUGUAGGGCUGCAGAGUCUGCAGUAUCUGUAUUUAGAAUACAAUGUCAUCAAAGAGAUUCUGCCACAAACCUUUAACUCUUUGCAGAACCUUCAGUUAUUGUUUCUUAACAACAAUUUGCUGAGGUCUUUACCUGACGGUGUAUUCCAGGGUACCAUGCUCACCAGGCUGAAUCUGAGGAACAACCACUUCUCUCACCUGCCUGUGAGGGGUGUCUUGGAUCAGCUUUCUGCCUUUAUUCAAAUAGACCUUCAAGAAAACCCCUGGGAUUGCACGUGUGAAAUUGUGCCUCUCAAGAACUGGAUGGAACAGUCUAGUACGAGCGUCGUGGUUAAUGAGAUCACCUGCGACUCUCCCUCUAAACACGCAGGACGUCUACUCAGAUCCCUAAGAAAUGAUUCUAUCUGCCCAGAACACACUGACGUAACGGCAACUAUGGUGGCAGCAGUCAGUCCCAGCUCUGGUGCCCCAUAUUCUGUCAGUGCGCCCCCUAGCCCUUUCCCAGAGAUCCACCCGGAGGUACCUCUGUCAGUUCUCAUUUUGGGGUUGCUGGUCGUUUUCAUUUUGUCAGUCUGCUUUGGGGCAGGUUUGUUUGUUUUUGUCCUAAAAAGACGCAAAGGGGUCCCGAAUGCCGCAACAAGUGCCAACAAUUUGGACUUGAAUUCGUUUCAGGUGCAGUAUGGGUCUUAUAACAUGGAGGCCAGCACUGACAAAACGGAGAGCCACGUGUAUAACUACAUCCCCCCUCCCGUUGGUCAGAUGUGUCAAAACCCCAUAUACAUGCAGAAGGAAGAAGAUCAAGUAGCUUACUAUAGAAACCUGCAGGAAUUGAGCUUUGGUGUCCUGGACCCCAAAAAAGACGAGCAGUCCCGCAGCCCUGCCUAUACAAUAAGCACAGCAGAGUUCUUAGAAAAGCAACCGUGUGGCAACAGGGAGACGGAGCUGCUGUAUCAGAACCUAGCAGAGAGGGCAAAGGAGCUCCCGACUGCAGGGCUUGUCAACUAUAACUUCUGCACCUUGCCUAAAAGGCCAUUUGCACCGUCGUAUGAAUCCUCCAGGCGCCACAACCAAGAUCGGUUAAACAAAACUGUUCUGUACGGAACCCCCAGGAAAUAUUAUGCAGAGCAAUUGAAAAAUGAACAUCCUUUGCUUCCAGGAAAACUAAAGACAGAACCCGACUACCUCGAAGUUCUGGAAAAACAAACUGCCAGCAGCCAGCUGUGAAACGAGUUCCCAUCUCUCCAGCUUAUUGUAUUAAAAUAGAAUGACAAUGUGCUAAACACAAUAGAACAUGCACUGUAAAAACGAAACGCGUGGACAGCGUGACAUGAGCGACCCCCGUUCUCUAUCUCUGCCAUGCAAAGGAGGUGUUUAAUAAUGCAGGCCUAGGUGUCACUACUUUUUUUUCAACGUUUAACUUAUUUUUGUCCGCCCCCCCCCCCCCCACACACAUUUGAAACGUACACAAUAGCAACAAUUAUCACAAAAAGUGUAUGAUUCAUCUUUACGUGUUUUUGUUUUUGCUUAUGCGUAUGCUCAUGUUUGCACACACACACACACACACACACACACACACACACACACGAGGACAGAAUCGGGAUGUUUGAAUACAAUUGCCUUGUACAUAACAGAUAAUGGUGUUGCUGACAAGAGUUCCCAGUUACAGCCACUUGGCUUCCUCUUCUGUUCGAAAGUGCCUUUGCGCUUAAUAUCCAGUAUUUGAACAUUGCUUUCUGCUCUGAGAAGGUUUUAUAUGUGUUGUAUUUUAUGAAAUUCAAUGUGUAAAAAUAGACCUAUAUGUCAAAUGCAUUAAAUGAAACUCAAAAUGUA